AAUGAAAAGCAAUCGGUCGAUAUAUUUUUGCAAAAAUGGUUUUUCGUUAGUUUUAUGAAACGUUGGAUUAAUAGUUCCGUUGAUUUAAGUAGCUGGCAACACAUAUUAUAUACUUUUAAAAGAUUUUUAUCGGUUUCGUUUCAUUACCAAUUGAUAGUAUAUUCCACAUUCAAAGUGUCGCAAAAUUUAGUGUUUCGUCAUUGUAAACACUUUUCUUAUAUUGGCUUUCUUGAUCUUUUAAUCUAUGUGGAGCAUAGAUUAAUUAUAUUCUAUUGGGAACAUCGUUAGGAAAUAUGGAUAGCACGGCAGGAAUAAUACGUUCCAUAUAUUGGGGAUUUGUAGACAGCUUAAGGGGAGCUAUCGUCUUAUUUUAUAUGGACAAACGUAUAAAUGAAAAAUUACACAAACAAUCUCCUUCUAAAUUAGAAAUUUAUGGAAAAGAUACCGUAGUCGUGCAUAAUACCACAAGGCAUUACAAUGAAUUAAGAAAAUCAAAAGUGUUAAAAAGAACGGUUCAGUGUUGCGCGUUAAACGGCGGUGUAUUUUGGGCGAGUAUAUCUAUCUUUGAAUGCGGUCUGCUUCCAUUUCUCAAGUACUUAUUGACCAUUAUAUUUGGCCACUCGCCGGGCAUGGGAAUGACCGUUUGGUCCUGGACAAAACCAUUUUUAUCAUUGACAUUUGGCACCGUAUGGGUGCUACCAUUAUUUCUACUCAGUAGGGUAGUUAACUGUUUAUGGUUUCAGGACAUUGCGGACAGUGCUUAUAGAUAUAGACAAGGAAGGCCGUUACUUUUGUCUAGUAUGAGCAAACUGGUAGCGGAUACACUUUUCAGCAUAGUGGUUCAAGUGUUAUUUUUGGGUCAAGGAAUGUUGGUAUCCAGGAUUCCCAUACCUCUUGUAGGCGACAUCCUAGCUCUUGUACAUAUGUGCCUCUUAUAUGCUCUCUAUGCUUUUGAAUACAAGUGGUUCAAUAUGGGUUGGGAGUUGCAUAAACGAUUAAGCUUCAUCGAAACUAAUUGGCCGUAUUUUGUGGGUUUUGGUCUGCCCUUAGCGGUACUUACCCAACUACCCAAUUCGUAUGUAAUAAGUGGCUGUGUAUUUUCUAUAUUAUUCCCAGUAUUUAUUGUAAGUGGAAACGAAGCGGAACCGGUGACCGGUGUAUGUGAUUAUCCGCUAAACCUGUUUUCGCCAGUAAUUGCUAUUGCAAAUACGCUUUUCAAUAAAACAAUCGGACCAGUGAAUAGACGGUGACAAUGCAAAAUAUAAUCUGCAAACACAUUUGGAAUAAUGAAUGUAGUAAUAAACUAUUUUUCAGGUUUUUACAUAUUUUUUUAUUUUUCAUUAGUCGUAUAGUUGGUUCAUUCUCUUGCAUAAUAAGAUCAUUGAGAAUAUAAUUUUUAUUUUAUGUAUGACUGCAAACGAAGUUUAAGACAUAAUUCGUAUGUCAUAAAUUGUUGUAAAUAUAGGUACAUUCACGAAUUGCAAAUACGAAUACAAAAGUAGUAAAUUAUUACAUUAACAAAAAUGCAUAGAAAGUCCACAGAUUUGUUAACAUUUAUGAAAUAAGUAUACAUGUUCCUUGCUGUAUUAUAUUGUACCAGAUCAAAAUUCAAAAUUUUAUACAUUUCUAUUGAUCAUUACAUUGUACAGAAUUGAUAUGCAUAAAUAUACAAUUUAAAAUUAUUGUUGAAUAGAAGUUUGCACAGUUUUAUUAAAAUGAACGUAAGGACAAAAAAAAAAAAAUAUGUCCAGCUAUUUCUAUUACCGUAUAAAUACACGUAAACGGUAAUAUAGAUAAGAUGCAAAAAGGAAUGCGAGUAACUAUAUCGUUUUAACGCAUAUAUAUUUUAUAUGUAUUUACUAAACUUGACGAAUGUACUUGAAAAUUUUGUUGCGAGAGAAUUUAUUAUCCUGUUUUAUAGUUUUGAAGUGUCAAAUUUUAUUUAACUGCAACUAGUCAAUUUUAAGACUCUUGAAUUGUAACUUUUUGAUGACAAUGUUUAUUAAAAAAAGUUUACGAUUACAAAGAAAGUCAAUAUAUUUAAUUAUAUUAUUCACGCGAUAGCAAAGAUUGUAUAAAAUAACAAAAU